GACAGCUGUCAUCUAACCUUUCCUUUCUUUCCGGUGACUGCUCCACAAAAGACGCUAAAGAUGUUUAUGCCAAAGGCUCAUCGCGUAGCUAUCUACGAGUAUCUCUUCAAAGAGGGUGUCAUCGUUGCCAAAAAGGAUUUCCAUGCUCCCAAGCACCCUGAGCUGGAGACCAUUCCCAACUUGCAUGUAAUCAAAACAUUGCAGUCGCUCCACUCUCGUGGUCUGGUUAAGGAACAAUUCGCAUGGAGACAUUAUUACUGGUACUUGACCAACGAAGGUAUUGAGUACCUUCGCAGUUACUUGCAUUUGCCUCCUGAAAUUGUGCCAGCCACAUUGAAACGUCCAGCACGCUCAGAGACAAUGCGUCCCCGCCCAGCGGCAUCUGCUCGUACUGGUGACUCUUCUAAGACCGGUGAGGAUCGUACUGCUUACAGACGCGCGCCCGGUGGACCCGACAAGAAGGGAGAUGCUGGUCCUGGUGCUGCUGAUGUUGAUUUCCGUGGUGGAUUCGGACGUGGUGCACGCCCACAAUAAAAAGUGGAUAUAAAAAUAUUCUAGUAACCACUUAUUUAGUUAUAAAUGA